GUCGUGUCUGCAGAGCGCUUGAUGGAGCUUCAGUCUGACAUGAACACUGUGAAGGAAGGAGGAGGAGGAGGAGGAGGGGGGCAGAAGGCUGGGAUGAAGAGGAGACAUGAGGAGGAAGAGGACGACUCACACAACAAAAAGAUGGUGAAUGAUCACAGUGUGAAGGUGGCAAGUCACUACAACAGUCUUCAGGAAGUCGGUCUGGCUGCACGAAGUCGAAGCAGAAUCUUCUUUAUGAGGAACUUCAACAACUGGCUGAAGAGCGUCCUGAUUGGCGAGAUCCUGGAGCAGGUACGUGGGGCGGGGUCUCAGCAGGUGUCUGUGUUGGACCUUGGCUGUGGGAAAGGAGGCGACCUCUUGAAAUGGAGGAGAGGAGGUAUCAAUCACCUCGUCUGUGCUGAUAUAGCAGGAGUGUCAGUGGAGCAGUGUCAGAGUCGCUAUGAAGACAUGAAGAAGAAAAGUCACGCCAAUGACAAAAUCUUCAGCGCCCAGUUUAUCACUGCAGACUGCACCAAGGAGGUUUUGUCAGAGAAGCUGGAUGAUCCAGAGCUGAUGUUUGAUAUCUGCAGCUGUCAGUUUGUAUAUCAUUAUUCAUUUGAAAGCGAACAGAAGGCUGACAUGAUGCUGAGAAAUGCCUGCAAGCGUCUGAAACCUGGUGGUUUCUUCAUUGGAACAACCCCUGAUGCCUUCGAGCUUGUUAAACGUUUGGAGGCAUCAGACUCUCUGUCAUUUGGGAAUGAGGUUUUUAAAGUCUCCUUUCAGUCCAAAGGCUCUUAUCCACUCUUCAAAUGCCAGUAUCACUUCAGCCUUGAAGAUGUUGUCAACGUUCCAGAGUUCCUUGUCUACUUUCCUCUCUUUGAACACAUGGCAAAGCGUUACAACAUGCGCCUGGUCUUGAAACAGAGAUUCUCUGAGUUCUUUGAAGAGAAAGUGAAGAAGGAGCAGCAUCGCAGCCUCAUGAUGAAGAUGAUGGCUCUGGAGCCAUUUCCCACUGAGGAUGGAGGUCAGCAGGCUACAGACAGCAGAGGAGAGUACUGCCAUGCUAAAGAACAUUGUGGUAGAGCUGGUGUCAAACUCCCACUGGGGACGCUGAGCAGAUCAGAGUGGGAAGCUACCAGUAUCUACCUGGUGUUUGUCUUUCAGAAGAUAUCGUGAUGCAGAAAAACGUCUUGUUUUUUGGUUUGUGAAGUCAUUGGCUGCUCAUCAGAGCACCUCGCCAUGUUUUGGUUGUACAGCGUUUACUUGUUUUCUUUUUCAUGUCUGAUUUUGAUAAACCAUGACCUGUCCAUUAAAGGUAAUUUAAAGUCACUA